AUGCCGCGCCCCAACAAACGGCAACGGCACUUGCAGCUUGUGAGAGCUGUUCUGGAAAAGAAGAGGACUGAAGCUAGGCAAGCAGAAACCGCAGCCAAAAGUGACAAAGUAGAAGACGGACACGAAGGAAAUGGCACCAAAAAGACGGAAUGUGAGAUUGAAGCGGUGGAAGACGGACAUAAAUGGAAUGGCAAUCAAGAGGCGAAAAGUUUGAGUGUUGAGGAAGAUAAUAUUGAGCUUGAAAUUGAGGAGUUCAUGGUGGAGGAAACGGCGGGUAUCCUUGACAAAAUUGAAGAGGUGGUUAAGUUUGCCCGCAGUAACCGAUCUAUGCAUUACAUUGGCAACGCACCGAGAAUCCAACGCCGUAAGCGUGCUGAACAGAGGUAG